GCGGGGUAGAUUGGCCGACCGCCAAAAUAGGCCAGAAUUCUAGACAUCCAGCUAAUAACUCUUGCCUCAAGUUCUUUCACUUGUUUUCGCUCUUGCCCUUCGUUUAGUUCCGCCAUGCGGUUCAAUUCCGCCUUCUUUUACCUCCUCCCUCUUUUAACAUGCAUCCGCACUCUUGUAUCAGCCUCUCCGUAUAGAGAAGAUCUCGUCAACUAUAAUCUUAACACCAACAAGGACGCUAUAGAUCCUACUCAGUAUUCUACCACUCGCCAAAAUACAACUUACACGUCUUCUCCCGGAAACUGGCGUGCUCUUCCUGUGUACACUAUUCUCCUUGAUAAAUUCGCCGAUGGCGACCCUUCCAAUAAUGAUUACUUCGGUACAAUGUUCGAAAACGACUGGCGUGAAACUCAACUUCGCUUUGGUGGCGAUCUCAAAGGCCUCGUCGCUCGUCUCGACUACCUUCAAGGCAUGGGCAUCAAAGUCAUCUUCAUUUCGGGUACACCGUUCUUGAAUAUGUUGUGGCAGGCCGACAGUUAUUCUCCCCUCGACUUUACAGUACUCGAUCCUCACUGGGGAACCUGGGAUGAUUGGGUCGAUACCAUCGCCGAGAUUCAUGCUCGCGGAAUGUACCUCAUGGCUGAUUUCACUGUCGGUACAAUGAGUGAUUUGAUUGGUUUUGACGGCUAUGUAAAUUCGACUGCUCCCUUCGAUCUCAACGAAUACAAUGGCGUUUGGAAACAUCCCGACUAUAUUCCUUGGAACUUUACCGAAUAUAAGGACUUUCAGAUUAGCAACACACGCAACGACUCGUGUCAAACUCCCAAAUUCUGGCUCGACGAUGGUACAAUUGUCACCGUGGACACCAACGGUUGUCUCGAGUCCGAUUUCGACCAGUAUGGUGAUAUGGAGGCUUUCGGUGUUCAUCCUGACUGGCAGCGUCAAUUGUCCAAGUUCGCUUCUGUUCAAGAUCGUCUGCGAGAGUGGAAACCCUCGGUAAUGGAUAAACUCACCGCCUUCUCCUGCCUCGCAAUCACUGCCCUCGACAUUGACGCUAUCCGUAUCGACAAGGCUACUCAAGUCACAGUCGAUGCUCUUGCAACCUGGGCCAGUAGUACGCGAAAUUGUGCUAACAAAUUAGGCAAAAACAACUUCUUUAUUCCAGGCGAAGUUACCGGUGGGAACACUUUUGGGUCUUUAUACAUCGGUCGUGGCCGUACUCCUACCAUGCUUCCUCCUGGUUUCCUCGCAGCAGCCAAUGUCACUUCGAACAUGCCAGAGUAUUUCCUCCGUGAUGCCCCUCUCAACGCGCUCGACGGGGUGGCUUUCCACUACUCCAUAUAUCGAUCGCUCACUCGGUUUUUGGGAAUGGACGGAAAUCUUCAAGUGGCAUAUGAUGUAGAUACCAACUUCGUCACUGCGUGGAAUCAAAUCUUCGUUACCAAUGAUUUUGUCAACUCUCAAAGUGGGUUGCUGGACCCCAGACACAUGUUUGGGACAAGUAACUUCGAUGUGUUCCGUUGGCCUAGUCUGGAGAAUGGUACGCAAAGGAGCGCACUUGCCACUUUUAUGACAUCGUUGGUGAUGCCUGGGAUGGUUUUAUAUUUUUAUGGCGAAGAACAGAAUAUAUAUAUGUAUGAUACAGGAGCAUCCAAUUAUCUCUAUGGGCGUCAAGCAAUGCCAGGAACUCAAGCUUGGAAACGACACGGAUGUUACAAAUUAGGUUCUACGCAAUACUUCAAUAUGCCUCUCAACAAGGGGGCCCUUGGGUGCUACGACGAAUGGAAUGGUCGCGAUCACUUCGACCCUACCACAGAUUCACGCCGCCUGUUUGGGCAGUUCAAUCAUCUCCGCUCAGUCUAUGGCUCUCUCCAGGAUGGGUUCAAUCUUGUGGAACGAGGAAACUGGACAUACUAUAUCGAGCGUCCGGGUUCAAAUGGUAGCGCCACUGAAAUGGGCUUGUGGUCCAUCUCCCGAUCCGCAAUCAGUGGCGUCCAGACACUUGGUGGAACCUAUCAGGAUCAAGUGUGGCUGUUGUUCACGAACGAAAAUACAACCAAAACUUGGUCCUACGACUGCAAGGGUGAUUUGUGGAUUUCCUCACCGUACACUUCUGGUACCACUGUCAGGAACCUAUUUGCACCUUAUGAGACGUAUACGCUUGAGGACUCCCUUUCGUCAUAUAAUAACGAUAAUCAAUCGGUAUGGUAUGGUUGUUUGAGCUCCGUCACGAUGGCACCAUAUGGAUUCAAGGCGCUCGUUCCGGCAAACGAGUGGACCGCCCCUCCUCCUGCGCUCACGGCUUUCAAUCCUGGGCAUGACGCGCGCAUCCUUGCUAAUCCAGGUGAUGCGAAUGCGACCACAGUCGAUAUCUCGCUUGAGUUCAACACGGAGAUGGAUUGUAACAGCGUUACUAACAGCAUCUCAAUGAAUAUGUCCAGCUUUAGCGGUGCGUCGACUCCAUCAAUAACGAACGUCAACUGUGGUGCUCUCACCAAUCCGGCUACGGGUAACGUCCCAGGUGUCUCACAAACGCAGUGGGUCUGGAAUGCGACAUUGGCCAACUUCCCCGAUGGCAUUUUGACAUUGACCGUCAAUAAUCCAUCUUCCUCGGGUGGAAAUGGUACUGGGUCGACCGAUCAUCUCAUGUUGAGGAAGGGCACAUCUGGAAACGUCAUGGUCUUUCCUGACAACGAUUAUAAUAGCAGUGCUCUUACCUAUUCGGAUGGGACUUAUAUUUUCAGCCACACUGCGUACGGUGCUGAUCAGUUCCGUUACUCCUGGAACUACGGGCAAAAUUGGACUAACUGGACUAACUGGGAAGACACCACCACCAUCGACACAUCCUUGUUUGAUGGUACAAGUCAGUUUUGGGACGGUGAUCAUAUUAUGGUCCAAUACUGGAGUCAAGCUGCUCUUUCUACUGCGGCAGUUGUCCAUGCUGAUUACGGGUAUUCCGGAUAUCCUCGGAGAGUUCCUCAGUUCCUGGCACGUGGUCCGUUCAACGACUGGGGCUUCGACAAGGGUCUUGCGAAUCAAAUGACUCAAAAUUCGGAGGGCAAAUGGGAACUCGAAAUCAUGGCUCAAUGGCCAACAUAUGUUCAGCUGAAUGUGUUCGGCUUUGAUAGUUUCUAUUACGGUGAUACCGAUGGUGAUGGUGUUCUUGAUCGUCUUCCUCCCAACACUGCGGCGCCUAAUUACCUUAAUAUGUCUGCCCCACCCUCUCCUCAUCUUGCAUGGUCCCUCAUUGUUGACGACGCGACUAUGACGUGGUCUUUAUCCCCCCGCGGUCAAUCCUCAGUUGGCGCUACCAUGUACGCCCUUCUUUUAUCGAUUCCUCUCGUUACUGGUUCACUCGCGGUUCUUAUCUUCAUGUGGUCAUUUUACGGCAUCAAGUACAAUCAAUAUGGUGUCAAGGUUAAAUCUUCCAAUUCCAAUUACUUCCCGAUCUUCAGUGCCUUCUCCAAUAACAGAUCGAAUACCGACUUCAAAGACGGAGGCGCCGUUUCGGAGAAAUUGUUCGGUCACAAGCACAACAACGAGAUAAUUGGCUGGCCGGAAGAUAAGAACAAGCGCCGGAAGGUAUUGAUCGCUACGCUGGAGUAUGAAAUCAUCGACUGGAAGCUGAAAGUGAAAAUCGGUGGCCUCGGCGUUAUGUCCAGUUUAAUGGGCAAAGCAAUGACGGACGUUGAUUUAGUUUGGGUUGUACCGAAAGUUAAGGAUUUGGAGUACCCCCCUGGUGAGCCAGCGCAGCCCAUCGAAGUCAUCAUCUUCGGCGAGCCCUAUUUAAUCGAGGUCGAGACGCACAUCCUGGAUAACAUUACCUAUGUCAUCCUUGAUAGCCCCGUUUUCCGUGCUCAGACCAAAGCCGAUCCUUAUCCCGCUCGUAUGGAUGACCUUAGUUCCGCCAUCUUCUACUCAACUUGGAACCAGGCCAUCGCAGCCACAGUCCGCCGUUUCCCCCUCAUUGAUAUUUACCAUAUUAAUGACUAUCACGGGGCUCUCGCCCCUAUCUACCUUCUUCCGAAAGUCCUUCCCAUCUGUUUAUCUCUUCACAAUGCAGAAUUCCAAGGUCUUUGGCCCUUGCGUACUAAGGAGGAGAUGAAAGAGGUCUGUUCGGCCUUCAAUAUCAGCAAAGAGCAUUGUACGAAAUACGUUCAAUUUGGAAACACGUUCAACCUCCUACAUGCCGCUGCAUCUUUCAUUAGUACCCACCAAAAGAGUGUCGGGGUUGCUGGUGUAUCUGACAAGUAUGGAAAGCGUAGCUGGGCUCGAUAUCCUGCUCUUUGGACCCUCAAACACGUUGACUCUUUGCCCAAUCCCGAUCCUACUGAUAUUGCUGCUCUGGAUGAAAAACCUGUUGAUGCUCACGACGUCCAGAUAGAUCAGGUCUCCGAAGCUGCUCGUCCGGAGAUGAAGCGUCAAGCGCAAGUAUGGGCGGGAAUCAAACAGGAUCCUGACUCCGACUUGUUCGUCUUCGUCGGUCGUUGGUCGAAACAAAAGGGCGUCGAUCUCAUUGCGGAUGUCUUGCCAUCGUUACUUGAGAAACGGCCUUCCAUCCAAGUGAUCGCCGUUGGACCCGUCAUUGAUCUGUAUGGUCGGUUUGCCGCUGAAAAGCUUGCUAGACUUAUGGAGAUCUAUCCUGAUCGUGUUUACUCCAAGCCUGAGUUCACUGCACUUCCCCCAUACCUAUUUAGCGGGGCAGAUUUCGCAUUGAUCCCUUCUCGGGAUGAACCGUUCGGUCUAGUGGCAGUUGAAUUCGGGAGAAAGGGUGCUCUAGGAGUUGGCAGUCGUCUAGGUGGUCUUGGUUUGAUGCCUGGUUGGUGGUUUCCUGUAGAAUCCACCUCGACCGCUCAUAUGUUAUCACAACUUACCAAAACUGUCAAACUGGCACUCAAAUCGACUGAAGAGGAGCGCGCAAUACUUCGAGCUCGGUCAGCCCUCCAACGUUUUCCUGUAGUCGAAUGGCGUCAGCGUACAGAAGAUUUCCAUAAACGGAGUAUCACCGUCAGUAGAAAUUUAUCUGGUGCAAAUGCUUGGAGAGAAUCGGAUUGUAACAGCGAAGGUGCUCGCCCUAUGGUGGAUACAGAUGACUGGGACCCUGUCAACCAAUCAUAUCCCUUACAACCUGAAUGGGACAACAGAAGCAGUAUGACGAGCGCCUCUCUGGCCAGUCCUGUGGCCCCGAACAGCCCCGGAUCCCCCGGACGUUGGAGUCAGGACACACUCACACCAAACGCUGCGCCCCGCCUCCUUCAACCUGAUGGCUACAGGAGCUCUUAUUCCACUGAAAAUGGGGAAGUUGAUUACUUUUCACACCCCAAUGCAAGCCUUGAACACAAUCAAAGUUAUGGUGAUUUCUUGGAGAAAGCUAAUCGGGUGAUUGGUCGAGACCAUCGAUAUACUCCAGAUCCAUUCCUUGAUGGGGGCGUUACCCCCAGUCGGCCUUUCGGGUUGCAUUCUCGGAUAUCGUCCGUCGAGUCGAUAUCAUCUAUCGUGGAUGAGAAAUCCAAUUCACCUUUGAACAAAGCUAUUGCAUCUUUCACGGAUUCCGAUGGCGGUGUAGCAGCCGACUUCAUUCAGAAAUUACAGGCUCUCAACGCCAAAAAUUCUGAACACGAACUCUCUAUCGAGAAGUAUCUUAUGAAGAGUGAAGAAGCUUUCUUCGGCAAAGUGAAAAAGGACAAACUGUCAAGCGCAGCAAGUAUUCGCUCGUCGCAGAGAGAUUCUGUAUUUGGCACUCCUUCCCCGUCCAUUUAUUCCCGGCCUGAAUCACCAAAAUCAGCCUUCUCUCCUAUGUAUGACGAAGGUACGGUACAUAGCAAUGGGCCACCAUCAGAUUCUGUACCAAUGACCGGGCUACAAAUCGCACUUUCCCGCGAAAUCAAAGGAUGGCCACUGUACACCAUCAUUAUUGCCCUUGGACAGAUGAUAAGUGCUACGAGUUUCCAAAUCACCCUUCUCACCGGUCGAAGCUGGGAAGACAAUCUUCAAUUAUACGUUUUGGGUGGUGUGUUCUUGGCUGCUUCUGCAGUUUGGUAUCCGCUUUUCCGCUUGAAGCCAUCUAUCUAUGUUCUUUCCACCCCUUGGCUCUUCUUUGGACUCGCGUUCUUAAUGAUAGGGCUACCUUCGGUCUCAAGCGCUUUUCAUCCAGCUCAUCGGAUCAUCGCGAACAUUGCCACCUGGAGUUAUGCUGUCGGUUCUGCCGCUGCAUUUUUGUUCUUCGGUCUGAAUUUUGGAGAAGAAGCAGGCGCUGCCACGGAAGUCUGGACGUUCAGAGCAUGUAUCGUGCAAGGAUCACAGCAAGUUUGGGUUGCCGCACUUUGGUAUUGGGGUAACUCUUUAAACGGUCAAACGGAUGAUUAUAUCCCGCCUUGGUGGAUAGCUCUAAUCGUCUGGCCAUUGGCCGUGUUGAGUUUCAUCUUCUUCUACUUGAUGUUGUUUGGGUUGCCCGAAUACUAUCGUCAAACACCUCCGAAAGUCCCCCACUUCCUGAAAACACUCUUCCGUAGGAAGUUGGUUCUCUGGUUCCUCGCAUCUGAGAUACUGCGAGACUAUUGGCUCAGUGGUCCUUACGGACGUAAUUGGGGAUUCUUGUGGGAAGUCAAUGUGCCAAAAUGGCAGAUUUUACUCCUUGUCCUCACAUUUUUCGUCGGGGUAUGGGCUGCCAUGCUGUUCGUUCUUACGCAUUUCAGUAAGACACAUACUUGGCUUCUUCCCGUAUUUGCCGUAGGAUUGGGUGCUCCUAGAUGGUGUCAGAUGCUUUGGGGAACCUCCUCUUUGGCUCUCUACAUUCCUUGGGCUGGUCAUUCAGGUCCUUACCUUGGACUAUCCCUCUGGCUGUGGCUUGGUGUGCUUGACGCAGUGCAAGGUGUUGGCCUUGGUAUGAUACUUCUACAGACGCUUUCGCGGCUUCACGUUUGUGCUACGUUGGCGUUCUCCCAAAUCAUCGGAUCUGUGUGUGUGAUGAUCGCCCGCGCAACUGCACCGAACGCCAUCGGACCUGGAAAUGUGUUCCCUGACGCUGCAAAGUGGGACUUUUCAGAAGGGCUGAAAGGGAGUCCGAUGGCUGAGCCAAUGUUCUGGCUGGCUCUGUUUUGUCAACUGGUUAUCGUGGUAGGGUAUUUCUGGUUCUACCGUAAAGAGCAGCUCGCACGACCGUAGUUGCAAUUGCACAAUGACUUUCGUUAUCAAUAUCCCUGUUUUCUGUUUCGCUGCUUGUGAUUCGCAUCCAACUGAACCCUGCACGGAACUCUAUCAUCAUACGCAUUUUCCUCUUCAUUCGGGUUGUUACAUGCAUCAGAUAG